AUGGCAUCGAAACCAGAUUACGUUUACACGCGAGAUUACCUCGACAGCAGUCGUUUCAAUUGCCGCCCAAAGCUUGGCUUCCCUCCAACGCCGAUCUUCGCCACUGGGGCGUCAGAGAUGCUGUACCUACCGGAUGACCUGGUCGGCGUCUACGACAUCGUCCACAUUCGAUUCUUCGUAUUUGUUCUUCAGAAUGACGCCGUCAAGGGAGUCUUGGAUAAUCUCUUUAAGUCACUAAAGCCGGGUGGCUACUUACAGUGGGGAGACAUCGACAUAAACUCCGGGCGUGUGCAGAAGGUCGAGCUCGGGGUCAGGGGAGAUGCACACGAGCAGUUGAUGAACCUGACGCUUGGCCACGAUGCCAGGCUGCAGAGCUUCUUGGGUUCCGCCCAUACGUCAGCUCUUCUCAGAGGCGGGACUCGAAGAGGUCGAGGCCGAGCCCGUGAUGCCAGGCCAGAUCUUGCUUUUGCGAUGCAUGAGGGGAGCCUGAUCAGCCACGAACUCAUCCCCCGCCAGACUAGCAAUGAGAGUGUGGCGAGGGAAGUCGGUCGUCUGAUACCGCAGGUUUGCAAGGAGACCAGAGACGGGGCCAUGUUUGCGUUCAGGCGCUGGCUGGUCGUUGAGAGGAAGCCUGCGCUAUGA